AUGCCUUCCGCAACUGUCCUCGAAAACCGCCUCAACACACUCUACUCCCAAUACGAAUCCCUCCGCCCCGACUCCUCAGACGCAGACCUCGAGAAAUUCGCCUCCCUCUUCUCCAACAACUGCACCGUCUUCCUCAAGAGCAUGCGAGAAGCCGAAGACCCCGACCUCAACCGUCAGGCCAUCGUUUCAACGCUCCGAGAAAUGAUGAAGGACCAAUACCUGGAGAAGCGAAAGGUCGUUUCUCAAACCAUCAACGAACAAGACUCACGUGUGUUCAUCGAGAUGGAGAACCGGUACAACAUCCACAGCAAGGUGCUGGACAACUUUCCCGAGACCCUCGUUGCCACUUUUGACGACGAGGGGCUUGUGGACACUUUCAAGUUGUACAGCUGCAGAAGCCACAUUGUGAUGAUGAUCCAGGCCGCAACUGGAGAGGGGCCCUACUCGGAGGAAAUGAUGAAGUAA